AUGGUAGUGGUGAAGAACGUAGUACCUGGCAACUAUGCUGAAGGAGACAGCGGCCGGGGGAGCAAGUUUGUGUUCGUGACAAUCCACGCGCUGCCCUCGUUCACGACCGUCAAGUGGCGUCUGCGCCUGUGGUGGCCCAUGAUGGUCACCUCCGCAUUCGCCGCUAUGACGACCACAGCUUCCUGGGUGCUUCUCUAUCUCCACCCACUGGCCAUUGCUGCUGACUACGGCAACGGCGCCUGCGAGCAAGAGGAAGCUUACUACUGUGACUUCAAUGCUGGCCAGUGGUUGUUGCAGGGUUGGCCGUGCCCUUCUUUCAGCCUGAGUCCCCGCGGCCAGUGA